AUCCUAUCCUGAUGAUAUGUAGAGUAAAAUUGAUAGUGUUAAUUACUAAGAUAGUCUGGCUAAAGGUUGUGUGUGUGUACAGUUGGAGGAGGGACAAGCAGAAGGGGAUGUAGAUAAAGUGAAAAAGAGCUGAUGUAUUCAGAGCUUACGUUGCUAGAGGUGAGAUCAGUUACCUGCCUGCAACUGAAAUUUCAAACUUCUGUUUAGAAGGGACGUUAGUGGACAAUGGUGACUGAUAGUUGGAAAUAUCUGCAGACAUCUUAAGUGUUUAUGACCAAAUGAACAAGAAAUGAAUUGGAAGACUAAGAACAGUUUUUUUCAUUGCCUGGCAAUUUUUACCUUUUUACUUCAAAGUACAGCUUCGUUUUCAAUGAAUGCCUAUGUGACUGUGACUUACUUCAAUGAAACCAGCAAUUAUACCAAGACAGAAACAUGUGAGUGUGGUGUCUACGGAUUAGCCUCACCAGUGGCUAAUGCUAUGGGAGUGGUGGGCAUCCCUAAGAACAACAGUAACUACCAAGCUUGUGACUACCACACCGAAUUUACUAACACUGAUAAGCCCUGGAUCGCACUGAUAGAAAGAGGUAAUUGCACAUUUUCUGAAAAAAUUCGAACAGCGGGUAGAAAGAAUGCUGAUGCUGUUGUGAUUUACAAUGCUCCAGAGGCUGGCAACCAGACAAUAGAGAUGGCAAAUUUUGGUGCAGGAGACAUUGUUGCAAUCAUGAUUGGCAAUCUAAAAGGAACAAAAAUUCUGCAGUCCAUUCAAAGAGGCAUACAAGUAACAAUGGUCAUCGAAGUAGGGAAAAAACAUGGCCCCUGGGUGAAUCACUAUUCAAUUUUCUUUGUUUCCGUGUCCUUUUUUAUUAUUACGGCAGCAACUGUGGGCUAUUUCAUCUUUUAUUCUGCUCGAAGAUUACGGAAUGCAAGAGCUCAAAGUAGGAAGCAGAGGCAGUUAAAGGCAGAUGCUAAGAAAGCUAUUGGAAAGCUUCAGCUGCGCACUUUGAAACAAGGAGACAAGGAAAUUGGCCCUGAUGGAGAUAGCUGUGCUGUGUGUAUCGAGCUCUAUAAACCAAAUGAUUUGGUGCGCAUCCUAACCUGCAAUCAUAUUUUCCAUAAGACAUGUGUGGACCCAUGGCUUUUAGAACACAGGACUUGCCCCAUGUGCAAGUGUGACAUUCUCAAAGCUCUGGGAAUUGAGGUGGAUGUUGAAGAUGGAUCAGUGUCUUUACAAGUACCUGUUUCCAAUGAUGCAUCUAAUACUGCCUCUCCCCAUGAAGAAGACAACCGCAGUGAGACUGCAUCAUCUGGAUACGCUUCAGUCCAGGGAGCAGAUGAGCCGCCUCUGGAGGAACAUGUGCAGUCAGCAAAUGAAAAUCUACAGCUGGUAAACCAUGAAGCAAGUUCUGUGGCCGUGGAUGUUGUUCCUCAUGUUGACAACCCAACCUUUGAGGAAGAUGAAAGUCCUAAUCAAGAGACUGCUGUUAGAGAAAUUAAAUCAUAAGAAAGUCUGUGUCAAUAGAAACUUGAACCGUUAGUAAUAACAGGACUGCCAAUCAGGGCCUAGUUUACUAUUAAUGAACUGGGUAAACUUAAUAAAGCAAGAAUGAUACUGAAAGUGCUGACGUGAAUAAUAUUACACUAUAGUUAAAUGGCUUAACAUAUUUAACCUAGUCACUUUUUCCACAAACUCAUUAUGUUUUUCAUGGGCAAGUUUCCUCUUGAUGAUAGUGAUAGCAACAUUUUUAAACAUUCAGAACUGUCUACAAAUAGCCAGGUUUUUCAUUUAUAACCACUUUCUUAUAAAAAUAUGUUGCUUUAAAUAUGUGGAGUAGCUGUAAUCACUUUAUUUUAUGAUAGUAUCAUAAUUAAAUACUACUACUACUUUAGCUUGGGCUAUUUGUGUCAGGGUUUGUAUCCAGGUGCUUAUAUUGAUCUGGAAUUGUAAAAAGCAAUGCAAACUUAGACUAGUACUUCAUGAAAUGUCUAUUUAAAGUACAUUAAGUUGAUAGAAUGAAAUUAAAGCAAAAUACUCAUUUUUAACUUUUCCUUUAUAAUUAAGCUGUGUAAGUAUUUCAUGUGAGUGUGAGCAUAGUUUGUCAGAAAAUGUGAACUGAAUUGGUUGAUCAAGUAUAUUAGUGACACCACACAAGAUUAUAGACACAAAAAGUUUCUUACAAAAAUAUUGUAAACUAUUUCUCAAACUUGAAAUUUUCAAAAGCACAGAAUAGAAACUACCAUAAGAUUUGAAAAUAGUAAUAGCAGAAUAAAUCACAAAAUAUUGCUAACUGGUUACUGUGCAGAAUUCAUUUACAGAAAAUGUUCUAUAAGAUUUGUCUGUGGAAAGUAUUUUCCAAACAACGUUGAUGUUGAAAAUUGAGUUUACAUUUGGCUUAAUAGGCUCUAAUUAUAUUAAAUUUAAAUUCUAUCCAUAUAUCUAUAAUUUUGUGAAUGCAUUUUGUUGGUGUUCAAAAAAGAAUCAAGGGAAGGGGGAUUUCCAGGUGCCUUAAUAUAAAGUUUGAAGCUUCAACCACCAAAGUUAAAUAGAGCUAUUUGAAAAUGCACUUUAUUUCUAUUUUGUGUGGCUUGUCCAUUAGUUUUGUUCCCAGUGAGUGCAAAUUCCAACAGAAUUUAAACAAAAAUAGAACAGACAUGUAUUUUUGUUUGCUGAAUAUAUAAUGGAUGAAACCAUUGCAUUCUUGUACACUGAUUUGAAAAUGCUGUAAAUAUGAUGCCCCGAUUUGUACUGAUUCUCUUUAAAUAUGAAAUGUAAAUAAACUAUUCCAAUGAAAGA